AUGCCCAUGCGUCGCCUCGCCACUACCGCCAGAGAGCCACGGGAAUACGUUAUCCUGCCUUUAGAAGUUGCCGGGAAGGGCCCCUUUGAUUUCCUCCUGGACACCGGCAGCAGCACCACCCUCGUCUCCCCGGAUUUUGCUUAUGGCACUAUCGGGUUGUCUACUAACGAGGGCAGGAUGACCCAGGGGCUCGGAGGCAUGGGGCCGGAGGGGAAGCAGGGGCGGGAGCUGCUGCUGCCGGACGUGAGGCUCGGGAAGUUUAGGUUCGGGCCGAUGCAAGCGGUGGUGCUGAACCUGCAGUACACGGGCCUGCCUGGAUCGGUGGCGGGGAUCGUGGGGCUGUCGUUCCUGUCUGCCUUUGACAUGGACUUUGACUUCCCCAGCAGCACUCUCACCAUCAUGCACUCAGGAGCUGCACUGGCAGCAGCAGGCAAGUGGACAGCGGGAGGCACCAUCCCCCCUCCGCGCUCUGCUGCUGCCACCUCUCAGGGGUUGGAUUUCGAGGGGCUGGCCAUGCUCGCCCCAGCCACUGUUCCCUUCAACCUACCCGCUGUCCAGCCAAGUUUGAUCGAGCCCGCUGCAGCAGGAGGCACGGCCCCCUGUCUCCCCUCUGCUGCUGCUGCCGUUGCUACCAUGACUGGCAAUGCUUGCACCAGCCACUGUGUGCUGCUGUGGGAGGGCUGGCUGUAUCUCCACUACCAUCCUCAUAUCUCCCCUCCUAUAUCUCCCCUCCUAUAUCGCCCCUCCUAUAUCGCCCCUCCUAUAUCUCCGCUACUUUAUCUCCCCUCCUGUAUCUCCCCUCCUAUAUCUCCCCUCCUAUAUCGCCCCUCCAAUAUCUCCCCUCCUAUAUCUCCCCUCCUAUAUCGCCCCUCCUAUAUCUCCCCUCCUAUAUCUCCCCUCCUUUAUCUCCCCUCCUAUAUCUCCCCUCCUAUCUCUCCCCUCCUAUCUCUCCCCUCCUAUCUCUCCCCUCCUAUCUCUCCCCUCCUAUAUUUGCGCUCCUAUCUCUCCCCUCACAUCUCUCACCCCCCAUCUCUUCACCCCCCAUCUCUUCACCCUCCAUCUCUUCACCCCCCAACUCUCCCCUCCCAUCUCUCACCCCCCAUCUCUGAUCUCCCACCUCCUACCUCUCAUCUCCCAACCAGAACCGGAAUCAUGGGGAUCAUCAGUUGUCAUCCCUUGUCACUCUCAUCUCUCUCAUCCGUCUCCUCUCUCACACAGAUCUCGGUGAAUGGCAAACCUUUAGAGACAGCGAUUCUGGACAUGGGGUCUGGGCUCAGCCUCAUCACCACUGCAGUGGCUUCCCGUGCCGGUGUCACCCCUUCCAGCAUUGGUGUGGCAUCGAUGGUGGACGUGGGAGGUGGAACAACACAAAUGGGAGGAGCAGUCGCCGAUCUGUUCCUUAUAACAAAGCAAGGAGGACCCACAGGGACGUCAGGCGGCCGUAUCCCCUUUACAAGCCACCCCAUGAUAGUGGGGGACCUGCCAGCCCUGGCAGUGAUGGGAGCGGGGGCAGUGGUGGGCAUGGAUGUGCUCAAGAGGACCCGCUGUGUGGUGUGCUUCAAGGAUAACAGGGUACUGUUGCAGAAGAAGUUUUAA